UUUAUGGGUACUCUCGCGAGAUUUUAGACCAAACGGACUCCUAACAAGAAGUUUGGCUAAAAUGUUCAGCCAUACAAGUCAACAUACACAGCUACACAAAACUAUUUUGCGAGGCGAGGAGCAGCCAACUCUUGCGAGAUGUGAGGACUGCUGUUCCCUGUACCACUGUCCUUUCUGUGGGCCUGACAUGUUCAAACCCACCAUCCAAAGCAAAUGUUUAAAACAUUUGCAAGGUCACAGAAGAAGAGCGAUACGGCACAAGGAGUUCUUCAUUUUUAAAUGUCAUUUAAAGUGCCGAACUGCUCCACACUUUCACUGCGUUAGCUGCACAUCCACUUUUAUGAGGAAAGAUGGUUUUCUAAAACACCUGGCCAUGUGCGAGAACAAAAAACCCAAAGUAACAGUUGUCGAGUUGAAAUCAGACGAGAGUUUACCUGCACCAGAUCUUCAUCUGACAACAUGUGAGGCUGGCAGUACUCAGGAGAUGCCUGUCAGUGAAGGACACAAGAAUCUGAUCUCUGAAGAUGCUCUGAAAAUCAGGAGAAGUAAAGCAUACUUCGGGGAACACGUGUGCCAUAAAAGGGCUGUAAGUGAGGAGACAGUGAGCCAGGGCCUCGGUGAUUCAGAGAUGGCAGACCAAAACUCCAGAGGUGAAGGAGAGAUUAUGGAGGAGCAGCUGAGAACAGAUGACCCAACUAUGUCCCCAGUGGAUGAAGGAGAUCCUUCAGUGGUAGAUCUCUCUGUAGUGGAUCAUAAUGUCACAGAGACCACUGUCUCAAAUGCUGCUGCCAAUCUUCAUCCUAUAGAGGCGGAUGUAGCCAUACAGACUUUGGUAAAUGAGAUGUUCUCUGGACACACAUCUGUUGAAAGCACCAUCCCAAAAAAAAGAUCCAGAUCUGAUGUACAAGAUCUGUGUCCGUUCUGUGGUUUAAUGCUGCACAGGAAGAAUCUGCAGGUGCAUUUAAGAAGGAAGCACCCAGAUCAUGUGUCAAACCAGGAGAAAUCUGCUUCUGCUCAGGUGAAAAACCCCAAACAACAGAGACUUGCUUUGCGACAACAACAGAAGAUUGCAAUGGAGAGUGAAAUCAGAGCUGUGUUCAGACACUGUAUCAGCUUUCCAGUGCCCACUUCUGCCUCUGUGGUCGCUGAUGAGCUGGUGGACACUGCCAGUGAAAAGCGUUGUGUCACCAUAUUGACCCGUUGGAGUCAGUGUGAUUUGGAGAGAGGGGUAAAACUGUGUUUCUCUCAGAGAUGGACUCUACUGUGUAAACAUGACACAAUCGAGCAUGUGCUGCCGUCAGGAACAAGCUCACACAUAGAGAAGGAGUUGCUCAGCUGCCAUUCUCCUUCUGGGACUCUUCAAGCUGUCAUCCGGGAGGAUGCAGGACAUCAGUACCUGGAGGUUUGGGGGCAAAAUGGUCUGGAGAAAAGUUUGGACCUUACAGCUCUAAAUAAACAUGGAAAAGUAUAUGAAGAUGCUCAGUUUGCAUGUCUGGUCUGGUCACCAUGUGAAAAAAAGUUGCUAUAUGUGGCUGAAAAAAAGAGGGUGGAGCCAUCAGCGCAUUCAUCAGUUGCAUCAGCCAAUGAGGAUGGUGGGCUAGUGUUGCUUGAGGAACAGGACAAGAACAUCUAUGUUGAAGACUGGGGUGAAGGUCUGGUGGGUAAGAGCUGUCCUGUCCUGUGUGUGGCUGAUCUCAACAAAGGGGCACUUAUCGUAUACGCUGGCGUCCCUCCACAUAUAUCGCCAGGACAGGCUCUGUGGGCACCUAAUGGAAGGGGCGUGGUGUUUGUGGGCCAAUGGAAUGAGCCGUUCAGACUGGGCCUGAAAUUCUGCUCUAAUCGUAGAUCAGCUCUCUACUACCUGGAUAUGAAAGGAAACUGUGAGUGCUUGUCAGCUGAAAGUGUGUCCGUUUCAAGCCCUCGAAUGAGUCCAGACUCUUGCUGGAUCGUAUACUUGCAGGGACAGGUGUUUGGACCACAUCGUCAGUGCCUGAGAAUGAUGCUGUAUGAUAUGAAGAGCAGAAGCACUUCAGUUUUAGUAGAUGUGGUGAGGAGAGCAGAAAAAGGUCAGUUUGCUGGAAUAUAUGAAUCAUUGCCAUCUCAAUGCUGGUCUGCAGACAAUGAGAGAAUCUUCUUUAGCAGUUCCUGUGAAAACAAUAAGGCAGUGUUCUCAGUUGACAGAACCACAGGAAGAGUCACACAAGUGUGCGGACUUGAUGCGCUAAGACUAGAUGAUUUCGGCAGUGUGCAGCUUUUGACAAUACAAAAAGACCUGAUGGUGAUGAGCUGCUCAUCUCCAAAUCAGCCUCCUUGCCUGAAAGCUGGUUUCCUCUCAUCAAUGGAUCAGUCUGAGGACAUGCAGCUUUGUAAUGUGGGCGGAGCAGAUGUGUAUGAGGGAUUUGAUUGGCAGCCCAUGUUGAUAACACCCCCUUCUCAAGAGGAGAACCAUCAGUUCUCUGGACUGAAUUUUGGAGCAAUUUUAUUGAAGCCAUACAAUCUUCCAGAGAGAAGGAAAAGUCCUCUAGUGGUGAAUAUACAUGGUGGUCCUCAUGCUCAUUUUGCUGCUGACUGGAACGCCACGGCCGCUUCUUUAACCAAACUGGGAUUUGCUGUUCUGAUGGUGAACUACAGGGGCUCCACUGGUUUCGGUCAAGAUGCCAUAGAGUCUUUGCUUGGAAACGUUGGCAGUCAAGACGUCAAAGAUGUCCAUAGGGCAGUGUUAUGCACUCUGCAGAAUGAGACAACCCUUGAUCCUAAUAGGGUGGCAGUGAUGGGUGGCUCUCAUGGUGGUUUUCUGGCCUGCCAUCUGGUUGGUCAGUAUCCAGAUUUCUACAGAGCUUGUGCAGCAAGAAACCCUGUGAUCAACGCAGCCACACUGCUUGGAACCAGUGAUAUUGUAGACUGGAGAUAUUCCUCUGUGGGGAUUCAGUAUGCUUUUGACCAACUGCCCACAUCACAGUCUCUCAUUUCAAUGCUGGAAAAGUCACCCAUAAUACACGCUGCACAGAUCCGUGCUCCUGUGUUGUUGAUGUUGGGUGGAAGAGACAGGAGAGUAUCCCCUCACCAGGGUCUGGAGCUCUACAGAGCACUCAAGAGCAGGAAUACACCCGUCAGGUUAUUGUGGUACAGUGAUGAGGGUCAUUCGCUGUCUAAAGUCAACACUCAGUCUGACUGCUUCUUCAACAUCGUUCUGUGGUUUAAAGAGCAUUUAAACUGAAGCAACAUUUCUCAGAAACGUAUAUGAAAAUAUUAAUCGAAUGCUUUUUUUUUUUUUUGUCUGCACAUAUUGUGUUUGACAUUCUUGCCAAAACUGUAGAUGUUCAUGAAUGUUGCACCGAGCCUGAAGUUAAAGGUUAUACAGGUCUCUGUCCACUAGGGGACAGACCAGUCCAUGUUAAAUUAGCACUGCUAUAAUAAGGGGUCAAAUGCCAAAGGAUGAAGUAAUUAUGUUUAGAAAUCAGAGUUCAUGUACUGUGAUACUGAACUUAAUAUCUGAACAUUCACUAUCUUUUGUGAGAUGUUUACUCUCUAUGUUUACUAUGUUUUUAAUGGACAGUAAUGAUCUUGCCAAUAUUUUUUGAUCAAAUCUGUUUGACUUUAAAUACAAAUAUAUGGUGAUCGUUUGUAGAUUUAAAUGAGUUUGAUUAUGAAAAAAGUACCUUUAGGAUGGAAACCAGAAGAAAAGAACGAAAAGCAAUUUUCUAGUUUCUGAAAUGUAUCUAUAGAGAUCGUCAACAUUCCAUAUUUAUAAACAUGAUACGAGACAGAAAUGUGUGAUAUUUAUUUUGGCCAGUGUUUAUUCCCAUAGAUCCAGGUGUGCAUGCUUGCUCUGCUGGAAGCUGUACAAGCUCACAUGUCUAAGACCCUCGUGUCCAUUUCACUUGCAGCCCCUUAAGAAAGGUAUUUCCCUCAAAGAUUUCUUUGUUUCAUAGUCUGGCAACAUUUUUGUCCUUUGAACACUUAAUCUCCAAAUCCUCUUUGACAUAUUCAUUCAGCUCUUGUGUUUCUAUAAUGAACUUUGUUUAAAAUUAUUUUUUAUAUUGUUAUAUUAGGUUAUGUUAGGUAUUUUGGUUUGCCAUUUGUGGCACGUUUUAUGUUACAGUGUUUUAUGGCCAAUUGUAGCAUGUGGAUUUUCAAUAUUCUGGCAGUCUCAGGGGGCAGAUUGCUUUAUACCCUGUUAAGAUUGCAUUGCUAAUGACCCACAGAGAAAGAAGUAGAACACAACAGGUCACCUGAGACCAUUGCCACAGCCACUGUGUAAGAGAGAGGGAGAGAGAGAAAGGUCUGUAUUAUUCCUCCUUUGAUCGGGUUUGGUGUAGGUGUCUGGGUCUUAGGCAGGUCAAAUAUCAUUAAAAGUCUUUCCUCUCUGUCUCAGUCUGCCUAGAUGCUGAACGACAUGCCCAUAAAGGAAGAUUAAAGAGCAAGGCAGAAUUUGAGAAUAAACACAAACACCCCAAAAGCAGAAAAUCGUUGCCAGGGGGUGAAAAGCAGAUGAAAAGCAGAAGCAGAUUAGAGGAAGUAGGUUUAAGGUCACAUUGGGGUAAAAUGAGCCAUAGCUUAGUUGGUGCUCCCAUGAGCUGUGAUGUGACAACUAAACCAAAACAUGAAAGUUAUCUGAUGGCUCAAGCUUUUUAUCCCCUCAGAAUGCUUGGAGUUGGGUAAGCUCCAGUAGGCCUGGGGUACGUUGAAUCAACGGCCAUAAAUAUGACUCAGCUUGAAGCAGUGAAUCUAUUGAAGUUGGCAAAGUAAUACAGCAUAAAUGAAAUCCUUCAGACAUCUUUGUUAUACUUUGGUUCAUGUUUCUUUAGUUGCUUUUGGACACUGCAAGUCUUAUAUAAGUUGUUUUAUUUUAUCUCAAACUAGAUCUUCAAGCGAAUAACAGCUCUGCUCUGUUGUUUUCACCUAUUAAUUAGUAAAAGGAAAUGACACAAACUGGCUCACCUUACCACAAGCCCAAAGUAAAGGUGUGCUAAACCGGGGUGUUGCUGUGAGUAGUGGUCAGUGUCCAUCCAAAUUGAUGCUUAACAAAAGAAAACUAAUCAAAUGUUAUUUUAGCAUAGAUUUUUUACUUGUCUUUUUUAUUGAUUUAUUAGCUGUUAGAUCAUUUAUUGGACUAAUAUAUGUGCUUGCCUCUGCAUUGUUUCAAUAGGAUGUCUGUCAUUGCCCAUCAUAUAUAAACUAGUUCCUAGGUCAUUUCAAUGCCAGUUUUAGUCAUCAUAGGUAACAAUGACAUUGUUUCAAAAUUGUUAACACAAGUUUCAACUGAAUACUGGAUAAAUAUUGAAAAGGAAAACCUAUAUGGUUUAUAAAUACAUCAUUUAAUAUUUAUAUUUAUUUUCAACUACUAACAAUUUGUAAUAGUUUUCGAUGAUAAGUUCAAAUCUCUUGUUAAAAAAAGACAAUGUUACUUUAGUCUCACUAAAUUCCCUGCAGUCUCGGUCCCCAGGUCUCUGUUGACAUAAAAAUGUGGAGAAUUGAGCAGAAGUGUAAAAAGACUGUAAAAGAGUCCAAUCCAGAGAAAGAGAGAACUGACCGGUCAGACCAAUUAAUGAAAGAGUAUACAAGUAGUGGGGCUGCUCGUGUGUGGUUAUCAGUGUGUUUAGACAGAAGGCUCUGGAUGGGAUUAGAGUGAGUAGAGGACAUUAAACAAGAGCAUUUCCACCUGCUUGUGAUUAAGUGUGUUGGAUAGGAAAUGCGAUACUAUUUAGAGUGAGGGAUGUGAGUGAUUUGUUGUGUGAGUUUGUGCAAUCCUGAAAACAUUACUACACUCUCAUAGGGUGUGAAGAGUGUGUUUGUGUUUAUGUGUUCAGGGGGGCGGAGGCUAAUAGACUUUUGGGGUAAUUAGCAAGCUGCUGAAAACCAUUAAUUUAUCUCACCUUUCCUCCCCCAUGCUUCCAUUCGUGGGCUGGUCCGUAGCACUCAGCUCAGUUGUCACUGUAAUGGAUGAGUCCAUUAACUGCCCCUAGCAGGGGAGGAGAUCGGUCAGAGAGUAAACUGGGUAAAAAGGGCAAAACUGUCACCAAACAACUUAGGCUAAUAGCAUCGCCACUUUACUUGAUGAAAUGUGUUUAACACGUUCUCUUGUGCUUCGCUUUUCUCCCUCAGAUAAACACACAUUGCCAACACCUAUAUAUUCCAGUGAGUCUCUGCCAUCUGUCAUUUUCUCAUUCCAUUGCUGCCUCCCUUCCACCGCUUUGCCAUAUAACUCUGUUGUUUCUUGGGAGUGAUGGAGCUGGAGAAUAUUUGGUCUCUUAUAAAGAACUGACAUUUUCUGUCAACGUUUGAGUGUUUUGACUGGGCAUUAGGGUGAGACAGGGUGCUGAAACAGUGUGUGUGUUCUGCAAGCAACAACAAAUCCAGUUAUUCACCAAUUUGACGUUCACCAGUGAAAAAAAAAAACUCUCUGAUUUUGUAUAUGCUUACUUGUAAUUGGACUAUGUUCAGAAUAUAUUGAAUGUAUACUGCAUAGUAUAAGGUACACUGAAUCCUGGCUAUUAUGAAAAACAGCAUGUGAACAACAUCGAUUAGACAAAGAUUCCAAAUAUUAUGCUAUGGUACAGUAUUAUUUAUUGUUUUGUCCCAAAUCCAUAGGAUGCAUUCACGGUGUAUCAAUCACGGUGGAGCAAUUAAGGCUGUCCCAUUUCAUAGCCUUAUUUUCUGCGUGUGUGUCUGUGUGUGUAAUUAUGAUUGCAUUAAAAGCGGUUCUUUUGU